AGCUACCAAGAACUGUUCACCCCUCGUUGUAGGUGUCGACAGUCGAGGGGUAUAUUAGGAGCUACUCAAGUCAAGAGUGCAAAUACAAAUAAAUAAAACCUUUGUAGUGCAUCAUCCUAUCAGACUUUCUUGGUUGGUAUAUGUUAUAACUAAUAAGAAUGUUCUGUAAGUUGUGGCAUGGCUGAUAUAUAUCUUCAUGUAUGGUAUGUCUUGCCCAGUUGCUGUGUGAUCAGGUAUUAGUGUUCAGUGCUCCCUGGUAGCUAGUUUGUCUCUCCUUUGUCGAUCCUCUUGGUUCAACUAUGCACCAAACUUUUGGUAUCUAGCAGAUUGUUUACGCACAAAAGAGUUGCGCAGCUAGGGAUGUUUUAAUCUUGGAUUUUUAGUUAAUUACAAUUUAGCAGUAAUAUGUUAUAUUUGCCAAAACAGCAGCAACUCUGCUUUCUUGUCGACUUGAGGUACAAAUCAAAUGGGGGAAACGGGAGAACAAAAAUGGAUGAAAAAGGACAACAUGAUUCCUCAUGAAGCAGAAAAAAGUCUGCAAAUCGAAGACCUGUUGAAUAAUAAUGCACAUAAGUAAAAAUCCUGACGACGAAUAUCAUGUCAUGCUGUAGCCCAUUUUCUUCAGUAAGUAAAGAUAUUUUUCAAUGGAAUAGGAAUUAUCCCAUUAUCUGGGCAAACCAUAUGCACCAAUUUCGUGUAAUUUUCGAGUAUCUUCACUGAUUAUUGUUUGAGCACUUGUGUAUUUACUCUUUUGCAUUUUGCAGUGUGCUAUUGCUUGCUGAAGCCACAGGCAUACACAAGUCCUUCCUUGUGCCAUUGUUUGCUCUGCAAGCACCUCCCGGUGUAAUCUCAAGGAUCAACCCUACUUAUGGAGCAUUAUGGUAUCAAUUCGUAAUGUUAGGAGUGAAUAUGGACCGUGGACUGCUUUUCUCGCGCUUUUGGUGCGUUUGUUCUUCCCCCUUCCAGGUGAACUGGAGCUUCCACUGUUGACGAUGCUACUUGUCAGUGUUGCUCCUUACCAGGUGAUGAACCUGAGGGGAACUCAAGGUGGCGCGAUAGUGUCUUUGGCCAUAGCUGUGUAUCUCGCGUUCCAACACUUCACCAGGACAGGAGGAAUAGGAAAAGCUUUCGAUCAGGGAUCGAUAAUCGUGACCUUGGCCAUCACCUGCAUCAUGGUAAUCAACGUGAUCCUGCUGUUCUGAGCUGCCAAGCAGGAGCUACUCAAGUCUAGAAUGCAGAUAAAGAAAUUAAACCCUGUAGUGCGUCAUCAUAUCCGGCUCACUAGCUCUGUAUAUCUUAAUAGGACUUAAGAAUGAUCUGUGAGUUGUGGCAUGGCUGAUAUAUAUGUUCAUGUGUGGUAUGAC